AUGCCUCUCUCGAAUUCCCAUAAGCCAGUCCAGCGGCCAAUUACCCCAGUGCUCGACGAGAUGAUCGAUGACUUCGAAGGACUCGACAGUGAUGAACCUAUGGAGAAGGAUGAGGUCGAAAUGAAGCUUGAGAAGAUGGUAUUUGGUGACAAGGCAGGCUUUCAUGAAGGACUGAAAUCACACAGAGAUGCUAGUACUGAUCUUCGAGACCUGGUGGACGGUGACCGUCAACAAGCUCAAGAUGGCUUGGGAGAAGGAAAUCUGGAAGGCCUUGAUGAUACCGAUCUGUUUUUCCUCGACUCCACUCCGUCCGUUAUGCAUGUCCCAGACCUUUUACCCCAAUCGAAUUCAGACCAAGACACGACGUCGUCAGACGGCGGCAACGCCGCGGCAUGGGUUGAUAGCGACGACGAACGUAUUGUCGUCUCCCUGGCCUCCAACCCUAGACUGCGGAAACUCAGGACUACUGAAUUUGAGGACCUGGUCAAUGGGAAGGAGUACAGUAAACGACUACGCCGUCAAUUCGAGCGACUAUACCCAGUCCCGGACUGGGCAAAUCCCACUGUCGCAGAACAAGUAGCAUCAAGAAAACGAAAUAAAUUGUCAAUUGCUUCAGAAAGCUCCGAAGCCAAUGCUUCCGCGGAUGACAUGUCCGUCGGAUCUGACGACCUAUCCACCCAUCCACUUGCCAAGCUUCUACAGGACACCGAUGGUCUCAUUCAACUUAUACCUACAAGCUCUAAUAUUCGCAAGAAGCUCCGUCCAGAAGUCAUCGACAUCCAUCGUACCAGGGAUGUCGGCACUGUCCAACCUUCCGCCAUAACAAAUCUCGACUUUCACCCCGUCCACUCUCUUCUCCUCUCUUCCGGACCCUCUUCUAUGCUCUUCCUCCACCAUGUCUCUCCGCACCUUCCAAAUCCAAAUCCGGUGCUUACAACUCUACACCUAAGCUCCACUCCUCUCACAACUUCACUUUUCCACCCCCCAGCUGGCAACAAAAUAUUUUUCUCUGGCCGUCGCCGUUAUUUUCAUACCUGGGAUCUGGACACUGGAAAGGUAGAGAAGGUAUCUCGAGUGAUUGGGCAUGGCGAGGUACAGCGCAGUAUGGAGCGCUUCAAGCUGAGCCCGUGUGGCCGUUGGAUAGGUUUUGUGGGCUCUGGCCGAAAACGUGGUGGCACGAUAAACGUUCUCGAUGCAAGUAGCUGCCAAUGGGUUGCAGAGGUGAGGGUUGAAGGCAAAGGAGGUGUUGCAGAUUUUGAUUGGUGGGGCGACGGAGAAGGCUUGGUGGUCGUUGGUAAAGGAGGCGAAGUCGUCGAGUGGGACGGACGAGAAAGACGAGCUGUUGCAAGGUGGAUAGACGAAGGUGCUAUAGGAACUACGGUCGUGGCAUUGGGGGGACAUGGAGGGGGGUCUAAGGCGCUGGGAAAUGACAGAUGGGUGGCAGUCGGCAGUUCCAGUGGUAUCGUCAAUAUCUACGAUCGACGAAAAUGGAGUGCAGAAAGCGUGCCUGCGCGGCCAAAUCCAGUGAGGGCAUUCGACCAACUGACAACGCCAACUUCACAUUUAGAAUUCUCGCAAGAUGGACAAGUUUUGUGCAUGGCUAGCAGGUGGAAGAGAGAUGCACUGAGAUUGAUUCACCUGCCAAGCUGUACUGUGUAUCGAAAUUGGCCUACAAGCUCGACACCGCUUGGGAGGAUCACCGCUGUUGCUUGGUCGCCUACUGCAGAUAUGCUGGCCGUGGCAAAUGAACAAGGCAAGAUAAGGCUGUGGGAGAUACGCAGUUAG